GAAACUUUUGUACAGUAUAUCAUUUACAAUCACUUCAAGAGCAACUCGACAAAUUGCGUGCAGAAGCGGAAAGUUUAGAAAGUUGCUUACAUCUUUGGAUGACCACUAUCGUCUUAUACGCGAAUAUAAUGCAAUCAAGAUAUUGUUCAAAUGCUGUUCGGAAAG